GGAAGAGGUGAAGAAUGCGACCUCAGGCUUAUCGUUCAUGCGGAGCCUGCUCCCGCAGGUCACCCCCAGAUACUUCGCUUCGGAGUGGAGUUUUGCGCAGGUUCGAGGCCUGGAAGCACGUACUGUUGUGGCCUUUGGUGUACGAGAUCAUACAUUGAUUUGCGUGGGCGCGGACGGCACCUACUUGGUCUCAAACUUUGCAUCAGGAGGGGAGGCGGAGCGCGUGUCUUACAAAAAGCUUGUCAGGUCGGCGGAGGAGGAGGACGAGGAUCACUUUGCCACGGCCCCGAGCGCUGGAUCCCUGCAUCCCACCCCGACGCACGUCACCCAGCCAUCAAUCCCUCCACCUGCACAAUCCCAAGCGACCCUCCCUUCCAGA